CGGUAGUGCGCCACAGUGUUGUUUACAAUCCGCCAGUAACACUGGGGAAGAAGCGGAGGAAGCUAGGCUGGGCUUUAACGAUGAAACAUUUCGGUCACUGGGGAUAAACAAGUUUUCCCCCCGUGCCAAAUAACUGAAGGACUCCGUCGUCGUUAGAAAUUCACAAAAUAAUUUAAGACUGGAAGCAGGGCACAGAGAGGCGUGUCCCAGAGACUUUUCUUUGGAUGUUUCUGUGAAGGCAGAUGUUUUGGAGUCAUGGAUCAAGCUGUUGUGGACAGUCCUGUCAUCCUCGUCAUCAAGGCUCCCAACCAGAAGUACGAUGACCAGACAAUCAACUGCUACCAGAACUGGACCGUAGAAAAGCUUAAAGCCCACUUGUCUGAUGUUUACCCCAGUAAACCUAGCUCCAAAGACCAGAGGCUGGUUUAUUCUGGGAAACUGCUUUUAGAUCACCUUACCUUAAAAGAUGUGCUUAGGAAGCAGGAUGAGUACCAUAUGCUCCAUCUAGUCUGUGCCUCCAGAACCCCUCCCAGCUCCCCACAGCCGCCCCGCAGCCGCAGUAACAAGCCACAGGAGACCACCGUCAGUCCCACGGCCUCUCAGAGCUCUAAUGGUGCUGGUCAGGCAGGUCAGACGACAGCUGGAGAGAGCAAUGAUUGGCUGAGACAGCAAGCUGGAGCCUUUCCCUACCAACACAUGUAUUCACAAUUUAUGCAAAGCUGGAAUCAGCAAAUGGCAACAGCUUCCACAAACCUGCCCUCCUAUUACACCCCCAUGACUUUGAUGUGGUGGCAGCAGCUGUAUGCAAGACAAUACUAUUUGCACUAUCAUUUACUGGCAGCUUCCUCACUACAAAACCGACCUGACCAGAUGUCCACUCACUCCAGUCAGGCGGACCCAUUGAGCCAAAGACCGCAGGCGGGUCGGCACGGAAACCCCGAAGUCCAAAUGAACGCCCAGGGAGGGGAGAUCCUAAAUGAGGAGGAGCUCAACAGGGAUUGGCUGGACUGGGUCUACACAUUCUCUCGUGCUGCCAUCUUGCUUAGCAUAGUCUACUUCUACUCAUCCUUCAGCCGUUUUGUCAUGGUGAUGAUGGCCAUGCUGGUCCUCUACCUCCAUCAGGCCGGCUGGUUUCCCUUCAACCUGGAAAACGAGCUGCAGCUCCCUGGAGACCGGCCCAAUCAGGAAGAAAUGGAGGGAGACCUACAAAACCAAGACUUACAAGAAGCGGAUGGAGUGAACGAUGAUGCUUCGGAUGACGAUGGGGAGAGCGGAGAGGAAGGAGCAGAGGAUCCAGACAGCGCCCCGAACGCGGGCUUCCUGUCCUCCACAUGGUCCUUUAUCAUAACGUUCUUUAUGUCACUCAUCCCAGAAGGGCCACAGAACGUUGCUAACUGAACAUCAAGCAGCACAUGGUGCUGCAUUUCAGAGGAAGAGAAGGAAACUGGUUCUCUCAUGGUGCAGUGUUGUACGUUCCCUAAUUGUUUGCUCUCUGAGCUGAAACACAAAGGACAGAUCCAGUAAAAAAAAAAAAAGAUUUAAUAUGAGUAUUCUUAAUGGAGGUUUGUCUUUUAUCUUAAGAAGCAAAUUAUUUUAGGAGUCGAAUAAAACAGUGCUGGUUUACCUGCUGUGAUCAAAUGUAACAGUAAUGCUUUGUAACCCAGAAACAGCAGGUGGAUUCCCAGAGUAUGUUCACAGCGUAACGCAUCCUCUUCAGAAGCAGCCAGAUUUGUUCAAGUAGUCUUUUGUAAAGCUGUGGAAAGGUGGUUAUAAUGAGAGAUGAAAACUGAAAAUGGUCACUUUAGUACAGAAGUUUGAUUUCUGUAAUUGAUUGUGGGUCAUGUAGCUCCUGUUAUAUGUUAACAGGAGUUUGGUCUGAAAGUUCAUGAAAUGUGUCCAAGAACAUUUGUAAUGUGCAGAGUUGCGUGACUGAUGGCUUCAGGUUUGUUUCUUUACAAACUUAAUUUAAGGCUAUAAAACAAUAAACAUAUAUCUUUAACAUG